GAUGGUGCUACCGCCGGGGACCUUGGUCAUUUCCGAUUUUGCAUUGAUGGGAUCGAGUUGUGCGUUCAAAGACUGCCGGCUGGAGGCGUUGCCCAACACGGACAAGUGCGAAGUCCACAAGUUCCGCAAGCAAUGCCGCAUCCCCGGGUGUUUCAACAUCGUGUACGCACGGCACUUGUGCGUUCGCCACGGCGGCAAAAAGAAGUGCGAAGCGCCAGGGUGUGCGGCGAAUGCGUACGGUGGCAACUUUUGUGGCCAGCACGGCGGGUCGCUGUCCAAACCCGCAUGCAAGCACCAAGGAUGCACCAAGCAGUCGCAUACACGUGGUCUGUGCGUCACGCAUGGCGGUGGCCGGCGCUGCCAGACGGACGGGUGCGGCCACUACGCGCGCGGUGGUGGCCUGUGCCACAAACACAAGACAAUGGCGGACCAGUGCAGCCACCGCGACGUCAAGGUCGAGCACGUGCAGCACCGCCAGCAACUGCAGCAGCAACAACUUCUCAAUAGCCGAUUUGAGCCGAUCAUCCAGGACGAAUACUACUACAGCGGGUGCUACAGCGCCGCGUACAAGGAAGACUUGAGUCACAGCGAAUUUCUCGAUCUCCUCAUGCAGUAUUUCCCCCCGAACUCGGCGAAUGAGCCGUGGAAGAUGCCGCGGGCGCCCGCGCGCAGUCCAUGCAGCGUCGAUGGUCUCCUCAUGGUGUGACAGCCUCGCAUCGUUGCGCCAACAUCCCCCCCACUGGGCACGACUGCGCACCCAGUACAUUUAACUUAAUCCGACCAAAUACUCGCCAACUCGUACGU